AUGGGGAAUGGGAAGCUCUAUGAGAUUCUAGGCGUCGAAUCCGACGCAAGCACACGCGAUAUCGUCAAGGCGUACCGCAUUGCGGCGCUCAAGACGCAUCCAGACAAGCUAGCAGGGCUGUCUGAGGAAGAAAGGGAAAAGGCUGCAGCCAGCUUCGUGCAGCUGCAACAUGCCUACGAGAUCCUGAAGGAUGAGGAACGACGCAAGCAGUACGACGAUUUUGGUUGGGAAGGCGAAGAACAGGCGGCUUUUGCGGCUGCGUACGAGUACUACAAGGGUCCUAUAAGUUCCGAAGACAUCGAUGACUUCUGCGCAACGUACAAGCAUAGCACGGCUGAGGAGGAGGACCUGUUAGAGUUUUAUAAAAAGUGCGUCCUGCCUCGGCAUACACCGCUCACCAUUCACAGGCACGAUGGGAAUAUCACAGACAUAUUAUCGUACAUUCCUCUGAGUGAAUCAAGCGAUCUGGAUCGUUUCGUGAAGUUCUACCAGGAAAAAAUUGAGUCUAAGGCAAGUUGCCACCUGGCAUGGCUGCAUGCAUUUCAGGACCUGGAGUCAACAAAACGUUUCACCAAGACCAGCUCCGCCAAAUCCAUUAAAGAAAUAAAGCAAAAAUACAAGAAGAGUAUGCAGCGCGAGUCAAAGCGGGCGAAGUCCAGCGGUAGCUUCGAGGACCUGACCGCGCAGAUAUCGGCUAAUCGCAAGAAACGACAGAACGAUUUUACGUCGCUCAUUGGCGACUUGGAAAAGAAGUAUGGCGCAAAGCUUACUUCGAAUUUUUUGGCUGCGUACGCCAUUUCCAUCCAUGGUUCCAGCUUAGCGUUACAAGGGCGUGUUAGAGGCUCAAUCUUGGGCGCCACGGGCUUAUUACCGAAUCCGCCUCUUAUAUUAUUUUCGAACAGUGUUGCGGUCACGGGCUUGAAGUUGGGGUUUUCUAAUAACGGUUGGUUCGACACACUGGAUGCCGCCGGCAUCAUGGACACGGGUUUUGCCGGCGCCGACCCGGUGCCGCCGGCCGCCGAUGAUUGCCCAAACCCAUCUGACGCAGUAUUUGACUGCGUGUUCGGCUGCCCAAAUGAGAUAGUACUCGCGGUGAAUGCAUUACUGGCGUUGUUAACCGAUGAGCCGAAUCCGGAAGAGGUGAAUCCCGUAACAUUACUGUGCUGGCCGAAGCCGUUGCUCGUGAAAGCGCCACCAGAUGAGACACCUGCGCUACCGAAUGCCGAUCCGAAGUUAGUAGAUCCGAAACUGGUAUUCAUGGCGUUCGCUCCUGAGCCGAAUCCAGCGGGAGCAAUAUUUGUGGACCCGAAGGCAGCCGGAGGCAGCAUGGCCGACGUCGCUCCGAAACCUCCAGUGUCCAUCAUACCCGUCACAGGAGCUCCACCUGAAAUUACCGGUGAGAUAACGGUGUAA